GAGGGCUCUAUGGAUAGCUUAUAUGAGCCAGUCCCAGAGCAACAAGCUAACCAAGGAAGCACCUCUGUCGGGACUGGUUCUCUUAUCUCACUUCAUGGGGAGAGUGGAAAAGCACACGCCAAUCUCUUCAUGGAAGUUUCUAAUUUUGAGAAUGCCAAACCAAAAAGAAAGUCAAUCCGGAGAUCUAGGUCUGAAAACAAAGGAUUUGAAAGGAAAAUAGCGAAUGACACAACCUGGCAAGAACCCAGCAAGCCAGAGAAUGAUUCCCACAUCAGAAGACUCAGUCAGCUAAAAGAAGAUGAAGAUGAAACUUUAAUUUCCUGUAUGAAAUUAACCAAAUCCCAAGAAAAGAAAAUUAGUAAUGUUAGCACAAGGGGAAAGGAAGAAAUGGAGAGGAGAUUGGAUUCUAUUUCUGCAUCACUGGUUAGAUCCAGCAUUUCCACUGGAGGCAAUAUGGCAGAAAUGUUAUCACACAAUGAAGGUGAAGUUCAGAUGUGGAACAGCUGGAAGCUUUUUCCAGAAACCCCUCUCUGGACGUGUGUUGAUUUUCAAAUUGCCCAAGUUGGACCCUGGAACGACUGUUUGCGCUGCACUCACCACCCACAACUUAAGUCUUCUUGUACAGAUAUGGAUCUCCCACAUUCUUGGCGCAGCAGCAGUUUUGGGAAUUUCGAUCGUUUUCGGAAUCAUUCCAUUUCAAAACCAGAUGAUUCAACUGAGGUGUAUGAAGGGGAAUCCAUAAAUGAAAAUGGAGAACAAAAUAAAACUUCAAAUAAUGGAGGAGGUUUAGGGAAAAAAAUGAGAGCUAUUUCCUGGACAAUGAAGAAAAAAGUGGGUAAAAAAUACAUCAAAGCCCUUUCUGAGGAAAAGGAUGAGGAGGAUGGAGAGGAUACCCUCCCGUACCGGAACAGUGACCCAAUGAUUGGAUCUCACACAGAGAAGAUCUCCCUCGAAGCCAGUGACUCCAUGGAUAGUCUCUACAGUGGGCGGAGUUCAUCAAGUGGAGUCACAAGUUGUUCAGAUGGUACAAGUAACCGGGACAGUUUUCGACUUGAUGAUGAUGGCCCAUACUCUGGACCAUUCUGUGGCCGUGCCAGAGUACAUACUGAUUUUACACCAAGCCCCUAUGACACUGACUCCCUCAAAAUCAAGAAAGGAGACAUAAUAGACAUUAUCUGCAAAACACCAAUGGGGAUGUGGACAGGAAUGCUGAACAAUAAAGUGGGAAACUUCAAAUUUAUUUAUGUGGAUGUCAUCUCAGAAGAGGAAGCAGCCCCCAAGAAAAUAAAGGCACACCGAAGGAGUGGAAAGGAAAAACCCAAGACUCUGCAGGAGUUCUUACAGAGGAUUGACCUUCAGGAAUAUACCUCAACACUGUUACUCAACGGUUAUGAGACCCUAGAAGAUUUAAAGGAUAUAAAAGAGAGUCAUCUCAUUGAAUUAAACAUUAAAAACCCAGAAGACAGGAUGAGGUUACUAUCAGCUGCUGAAAAUCUCCUUGAUGAAGAAACUAUUCAAGAGCAAGAAAAUGAAUCUGUGCCCCUAUCCUUAAGCCCAGACAUCUCCUUAAAUAAGUCACAGUUAGAGGACUGCCCAAGGGACUCUGGUUGUUAUAUCUCAUCAGAAAAUUCAGAUAAUGGCAAAGAAGAUGUGGAGUCUGAAAAUCUCUCUGACAUGGUACAGAAGAUUACUAUCACAGAGCCAAGUGACUGAAUACACAUUCUCAACUUUAUAUCUACAGACACAUUCCACUUUAAUUCUAUUUGAGCUAAAAGAUCAACUAGGAGAGAAAGAGAAGUAUUUGCGAAUACAACCUGAAGUUAAAAUAUUUUAAUCAGGAUGAUUUUACACAAAAGUUCAUGUCUCCAACAUUCCCAAUUAUUGUAAAUAGUAUGUAUAUUUAUUAUUUUGAAUGCUACAUGUUAAUAUUUCAUUUGCCUGUAUGAGAAGAGGUAUGGUGUAAGUCUUUGGUGUGUGUGAAAUAAGAUUUAUUCAUCUUUAUUUUCUAAGUGCAACAUGAAAAAUUCUGCAGCGAAAAACUCAUUUUUUCAUCCCUGCCAGUUUUGAACUUAUGUACGUUAUUGAACAAAUAGUAAUGGAGCGAGUGUCUGUAUAACCAAUUGUCCAAGCAGCAGUUACACUCAUUUUUACACUUAAUAGGAAAGUGUGAGUUGGUACUGGAGACAUUUUCUCUUGAUACAGAGUGGAGUUUUAGUAAUUAUUUUUUUGUUGAUUUCUUCACUGUUAUCUGGUAUAAAAGAAGAGCUAACAAGAUGUCAAUUCUUAUUUAGUAAAACUAAUUUUAAUAAUUGUACAGAUGUUUCAUUUUUAAUUAUAAAUAUUUUAAAUUUUGAAAUAGCCUAAUUUUAAUAAUAAAACGAACUAUGUGCA